GCUCCUUCGCUCGUUCGUUGGCUGAGCUCGGCUUCCUGGCCAGAGACGACGACGACGGCCUCGCCUGGUGCGGCUUCGGCCUGCGCCACCCUCCUCCCCUCGCACCAGCCUCAGCCGGUGGCCGCCGCCGCCCAGCCUUUCCCGCUGGCCAUGCUGCGGCGCGGGGUCCGACCCUUCCCUCAGCGCGGCGGGGCCAUGUGAAGAGCCGGCUGACACCUUCCUCAGAAAUGGAGGCGAACAACCAUUUUAAUUUCACUGGCCUUCCCUCUUCACCUGCUGCCUCAGGACAGAAACCUGCGCCUUCCUCAGGGGACAAUGUCUACACAAAUGGAUCUCCCAUGAACUUCCCUCAGCAAGGGAAAAGUUUGAAUGGAGAUAUGAAUGUUAAUGGCUUAUCUACUGUAUCUCAUGCUAGUACUUCAGGGACCCGCUCCUCAACCAACUCUCACCUCCAACACCCCUAUGACUAUCUCUGGAACUACUCUCAGUACCCAUCUGGCAAUGGCAACAACCUCAAGGACAGUCCACUGUUCUCCCAGUAUCCACUGAAUGGUAUUGCUGGAGGCAAUCGGCAAGGCUCACCUGGGCAUACCACCAAUCUGAGGGGAAGUGGCAGUGGGCAAGAGUUCUGGGCAAACGGCACUCCAGGGACCAUGGGACUUAACUUUGAUUCAACAGAGCUCUAUGACUCUUUCCCUGAUGAUCAGAAUUUUGAAAUCCUGCAAAAUGGCCCAUCCAGCUUCUACACAUCAUCUCAGCCUUCCCCUAUGCUUGGCUCUGGCAGCCAGGACUUCUCGCCACAGCAGGAUGAACAAGGCAAUGAGGAGCCAGUGAAAGAAACCUCCUCUGCAGUCUCAGAAAAUGGCACCAGAUUGAUUGGCAGCAUGGAGCUGGCGAACACGCAGCCAGAGUUGAAAAUAUGUGGCUACAGUGGUCCUUCUCCUGUUGGUGAGCCUCUCAGCCAGGAAGCUUCUGUCUUGGAACCUGAUGCUGGAGGUGGUUGUCUGGAAGAUGCUUCUCGGAUUCCUCCUCCACUGGAGGACCCCUUGGAACCAUUCGAAUCACUGGACAGAGACCCAGGGACAGGAGAUCUUUAUGAAAUGGAUACAUCCGAGCUGGUGAGUGGCAAAUCUCCUCUGGAGGACCCUUCUGACAUCUCUGCCCUGGAUUGUCCUGGCAGCCCCUCUCUCAACCCUUCCGACUCAUUCAGUCUAUUGGCGGAUGACAGCCAGCCUGACACCUCACUUUUUGGAAAUGCCAGUUUGGCACCUGUUCUUGAAGAGUCUGUUUUGCAAGACAGCACCCUGGAGUUAACAGCUGUGAGUGAAGUAGUACAAGAGGGCACAGAAUUUCUGGAUUCACAAGCACCACUUGAACCAGAAGCUCUAGAUACCCCGUUGGAAGAGGUAGCCAAGAGCAGUUGCCCAGAAGACUCCACAUCCAUGAUAGAUGGGGACAGUAAAGAGGCCUCAACAUUUAGUGUGUCAGCAAAAGGUGAUGUUCCAAGAAGGCGGAUAGCCACAGCAGAAGAGGUGCGGUACCCCUUAAAGCAUGGGUGGCGAAGGGAGGUGUAUAUCAAGAAGGGAAGCAACCGUUGGCAGGGAGAAACCUGGUACUAUGGCCCCUGUGGCAAGAGGAUGAAGCAGUUUCCGGAGGUGAUAAAGUAUCUGAACAGAAACAUUGUGCAGAAUGUUUGUCGUGAACACUUCAGCUUCAGUCCUCGAAUGCCAGUAGGAGACUUCUUUGAAGAGCGAGAUACACCCCAGGGCCUGCAGUGGGUGCAGCUGACGCCUGAGGAAAUUCCUUCCCGGAUCCAGGCCAUCACAGGCAAACGUGGCCGACCCCGCAAUACUGAGAAAGCUAAGGCCAAGGAAAUGCCCAAGGUGAAACGUGGCCGGGGCCGACCUCCCAAAGUGAAAGUGCCUGACCUGCUGAGCAAGACGGAUGCCAGGGUUCUGAAAAGACUGGAAGCCCAAGAGGUGCUCAGUGAUGAAGAUAAGCUGAAGAUGAGCAAGAUCAAAAAGAAAAUGAGGCAAAAGGUGCAAAAUAAGCAGAGGCAGGAGGCCAAGGCACUCAAGCCCAAAGAGGUCAAGGCCAAGGAAGUAAAAAAGAAGCCGAAGGUAAAGAAGGAGAAGAACAAGCCAGAAAAGAAUAAGCCAGAGAAGCUGAAGGAGAAGGCAAAGCUGAAAGAAAAAGUUAAGCCCAAGGAAAAAAAGCUGCUGGUACCAGCCAAGGUUCCCCGAAAGGUGGAUAAGAAUCUUCUAGCUCGGCGUCAGGAAGAACGACAGCGGCAGCAAAUGAUUCUGGAGGAAAUGAAGAAGCCCACUGAAGAUAUGUGUCUAGGGGACCACCAGCCUCUUCCAGAAUUUUCUCGCAUCCCUGGAUUGGUUUUGCCCAGCCAUGCUUUCUCAGACUGCUUAGCCAUUGUGGAAUUCCUACACAACUAUGGCAAGGUGCUGGGCUUUGAUGUAGCCAGGGAGGUUCCCAGUCUGAGUACCCUGCAAGAGGGCCUCUUCAAUGUAGGCGAUAGUUUGGGUGAAGUGUUGGACCUCCUGGUAAAGCUGGUGAAGGCUGCACUGUAUGAUCCUGGCCUCCCUCCCUUCUGCCAGUCGCUGAAGAUUCUCGGUGAGAAACUCUCUGAGAUAAGCCUGAACCGUGAUACUGUGUCUGAGAUCCUUCGCUGCUUCCUCAUAGCCUAUGGGGCAGAUGAGAACCUAUGUGACUGCUUGCGCACUAAACCCUUCCAGGCACUAGCCCCUGACAAAAAAGCUGCAGUGCUGGCCUUCCUCGUCAAUGAACUUAACAGCAGUGCCCUUAUCAUCAAUGAAAUCGACAAGACCCUAGAGAACAUGUCUAACCACAGGAGAAAUAAAUGGAUUAUUGAAGGAAAGCUGCGCAGGUUAAAGAUUGCUCUAGCCAAGAAGACAGGACGCCCCGAGUCAGAAAUCACAGGCUUGGAGGAAGGGCGGUGGCGGCGGAGCUCACGCAUCAAUGAAGAGAAUGAGGACAUGGAAAUGGAGGAGGAGAGAAGCAGAGCAUGCAGGACACGGAAAGACAAUGAGCAUGACACUCCGGUUUCCAGUGUGCCUGAGCUGGAGAGACAAAUUGAAAAGCUUUCCAAGCGCCAGAUGUUCUUCCGCAAGAAGUUGCUUCACGCUUCACAGCUGCUACGGGCUUCAUCCCUGGGGCAGGAUCGAUAUCGACGUCGGUAUUGGGUGCUGCCUCACCUAGGUGGGGUCUUCGUAGAAGGUUGUGAGGUUUCAGCAGCAGCUUCCCCUGAGAUAUCCAAGAACUUGCCAGAGAAGGAAGAGGCUCUGAAGGAGGAAGAACCUGAGGCAUUGCCCAUCAAACAAGAGACCACUGAGAUGCCACCAGUCACUGAUUAUGUAAAUGGCACAACUUCUUGGUCGUGGAGCCGGCCGUGGAGGGACAAUAUGCUGCUGCCUGAGUCGUCAGAGCCCAAGUUGCCAGAGCCCGCCCCCAUGUCUGUCAAUGGAUUUUUGGAGGAUUGUGUGCCCAUGGGCCAAUCCCAGCAUGACCUCAGCCAGUCGGCCUUCCUGUCCUGGCUCAGCCAGACACAGCAGGCAUCCUCACUGCUCAACAGUUCUGUGCUUACCCCAGACAGCAGCCCUGGCAAAGGGGACCCGUUACCCCCAGAUGAGCUGCCAGACUCUGCUGCAGAGGAUGAAAGUGCCACAGAAACACAGGUUGCCUGGUUCAAUCUGCUGCCCCGGGCACCCUGUAAUGACUCUCCAAUUACUACCUCCGUUGAACAACCCGCUAUAAAAGCUGCCCCCCAUUCCUGCAAGCCCCCUACCAGGGACCAGUCAAAGACCUCGACCCGGCAGCUGAAUGGCCUUUCCACCACCAGCCCAGCAUUGCCACAACUGGCCUCCACCCCUCUCCAUUCCAGCUCCAGGAUUCACAGUACUUGCGCCUCAAAAGCCAAGGAUGUCCCCAUUAAAGCCCAGGAACCUCUAGGGCAGCCGAGACGACGGGGGCGCCCCCCUACAAAACUCUUCAAGCAAAUUGAGCAGAAAUAUUUGACACAGUUGACACCACAGCCUAUACCUCCAGAGAUGCAGAAUGGCUGGUGGUGGCUGCAGGAUCCAGAAGAGCUGGAAGCCGUGGUGCAGGUUCUGCACCCACGAGGGAUCCGCGAGAAAGCCCUGCACAAGCACCUUAUCAAGCACAAGGAGUACCUACGGGAGGUGUGUGCCCGAGCUGCCAAUGAUCCCAUCUUCCAGACCCAUCCCGAGGAUGCCGCCCACCCUGUCUCUCAGGAAACCUUGACCCAAUGGUCGAUGGCUGAGCGGGCCUUUGAGGCAGACCUUUCUGUUCUGCAGUGGGUGGAGGAGCUGGAGCAGCGGGUACUCAUGGCUGAUCUACAGAUCCGAGGCUGGUUAAGUCCAGAACCUGAUUCUGCUCGGAACGACUUGCAGUACUGUGAGCAUCAGCUGGAGCUUCUGGAAGACAUCACCAUAAAAAACCGGCGUGAAGGACCAGCUAUGAAGCGUGAAACCACCAACCCUUUAGACCUAGCUGUGCUUCGCCUGACAGAGCUAGAGAAGAACUUGGAGCGGAGAUACCUCAGAGAGCCCCUCUGGCCUCCUCACGAGGUGGUGGUAGAAAAAGCUUUGCUGAGUAACCCCAGUAACCUUGAGCUGGGUACCACAGAAAUUGCAUACGAGAUCACACCACGGAUGCGAACGUGGCGCCAGACCUUAGAGAGAUGCCAUAGUGCAGCCCAAGUUUCUCUGUGCAUCUACCAGCUGGAGCGUUCUAUUGCCUGGGAGAAGUCCGUUGUCAGAGCGACUUGCCUAGUGUGCCGGAAAGGGGAUGAUGAUGAGAACCUGCUGCUAUGCGAUAGCUGCGAUCGUGGCUGCCACCUCUACUGCCACCGGCCCAAGAUGACCGAGGUGCCGGCCGGUGACUGGUUCUGCUCCCUCUGCAUCGCUCAGAUGCAAAGAGAAUACCAGGAUGACUACGGCUCUCCACGACGUGGCAAGAAAAGAAAAAGUGGAAGUUCCGGGGCUUUUUUUGGAAAGGAAGAGCUCAGGCCCCGAUCUCGGUCAGCAGCAAACCAGCAGCGCAGCAACCUGGCCAACGUACCGCCCCGAUACUCGGGUGAAGGCCUAUCCCCUUCCAAGCGAAGAAGAGUGUCUACACGAGGCCAGAGUGCCGACCUCACCUUCUGCGAGAUCAUUUUGAUGGAGAUGGAAUCACAUGAAGCUGCCUGGCCUUUCUUGGAACCAGUUAACCCCCGGCUAGUGCCUGGCUAUCGGAAAAUCAUCAAAAACCCUAUGGACUUCGCCACCAUGAGGGCACGGCUGCUGCGCGGCGGGUACACAAGUUGUGAAGAGUUUGCUGCUGAUGCUGCCCUGGUGUUCGACAACUGCCGGACCUUUAAUGAGGAUGAGUCCGAGGUGGGCAAGGCAGGGCUGACCAUGCGCCAGUUUUUUGAGAGCCGGUGGGAGGAGUUUUAUCAGGGAAAACAGGAGACAAACCCAUGAAGCUGGCAGAAUGGGGAGAGAUGAGAGGAGCCAAAGGUGAAGCCCUCCCAUUUCAAAACCAUGUGCUGCACACUGUCUCUUCUGGAGCUCAUCUUGCUACCUGCUGAUUAAUGUUUCCCCCUCUCACAAUGAUUGGACUUGGAUUGGCAUUUAACAAUGGGGCGGCUUUACUCACAGCCUGGAUCCUCAGAAGCCCCCCACCCCUCACUUCUUCGCUCUAAACAACACAAACUCUCUGAACUGUGUAAGCCAAAAAAAAAGUUUCCUUUUUUUCAAAUGGAGAAACAACCACCCACAACCCCAGCUUAGCUGGGGCUAUUUAAUAAUAGCAAUAGUUCUUAGUGAAUGUGUAAGAACACUUUUUUCUGUGCAGUGUCAGUACCAUGCAUUAAUGGCCAGUAACGUGAACGUUAAGUUUUUCUUUUUUAGAGUCGCGUUGAAAAUGUAUAAAGCAGAUCACUCCUGCCUCUGGGAAUGACAACCUUGAUGACACUGAAACAUGCUGCUUCUACUCCCCACCCCACCCCACCCCUUUGCCCUCUCCAACUCUGUCUCAACCGGCCUCUUCUCACAACCACUGUAGCUGUGGACAGUUCCUUCCCCCAGUUUCCAAUUAUCUUUCUGAAACCAAGGGUAUAUGGCUUAGAGCUGGUGUUCAUCUGGAGGAGUUGGGAUGUCGAGGUACUUUUGCCCAUGUGAAUGCAAGAUGUACUCCCUUCUGAAAGGUCUCACCCCUGUGAGCCACAUUCUCUUGGUUCAACUAAGAUGUGCUGCUUCCAGAGGGGUGGUCAUAGCUUGAGCUCUUCAUAUGAAAAUGGGGUCUUGCAUUCCUAUAUUUGGUUAAUCUACAUCACCCCCCCUUUGCUCAAUAUUGGUUUAUUCCAGAUUUAGUUUCUAAGGGAGUUGAACAAAAUGGGAAUAAUCCAGAACGAGUGUGUACCAAGAAGACAAUAUCAACCAGUUAUCAACCCCCUCAUGCAAACCACAGUUUAGCUGGAUGAACCUUCCUACUUGCCUCUUCCCCACCCCUGAUUCCACAGGGAUCACUUCAGCAGGGGCAGCUCAUGAGUCCAUUGCAGUGCCCAAGUCUCAGCUGCAAGAAUACAGCUCUUUCUCCCCUCUUAGUUGUGGGUAACAUUGCUGGAUUGUAUCAUUAGGCUUCAAGGGACCAAAGUAAAGUAGCUUGCAGGAGUGGGGUUGCAUUUUGGGAGGAAGGAUUUUUUGAUGCUUCCUUCCAGCUCUUCAGAAGAUCAUGUCAUGGGAUUCUGGCCUUAUUGAGUGUUGUCCCCACCCUGUCCCGUCCCCCAACUCUGCCCCAGCGUUAUUCCUCAGGGAUGGCUACUGUCUACAAAGUUUGAUCUGCAAUCUAUCUGUACGUUUGGUAGGAUUGUUGUUUCCUGCCUUGAAACACCGUUCCCAAUCUAUCGUAGGUAUUUCCUCCUUGAGACAGAUGUGGGAUUAAGCCCAUGAGAAGGGAGGGGAAACUGCCACCAUUUCAUCUUCCUCCAUGUUAGGUUCCUGUCUCCUGACCAUAUUUUUAACCUAUGGGGUCUAAAUUGUGCUGCCUCCUUUGGUUACCUUGACUGAGAUUCAGUCUAGAAGGGCAGGUUUGGACAUUACAUGCAAGUGAAUAGAGAGUAGUCAUUUGUGUGUCUCCUCAAGGUGCAUGCCGCUGUGGAGGGCAUAUGCAAGUGCUUGCUGGAAGCAUGAAAGGAAGAAGCUCAUGCUUCCACCAAGUUUGGCCUUUGCAGAAUGUCCACAGCUGCCCUCAAUCUAAAGAUCUGGAAUUCAUAGGUAUUUCCUUUCAGCUUUUGUCUACAUUUUCUAUAUAGUAUUUUACCUUAGAUCGCCCCAUGUAAACAUUCUUAACAUUUUAGCCUUUUUUCUAAACCCUUUUUGAACUGGAUUCUGAUUGUUUUCAGAGGAGAAAUAAUCGUGGUUCCAUUCAUCGUUAUUUUUGCCACGUGGGCAAGAGUAGCCUGUUUCAUUGAACCAUCAUUAACUCCAGUGCCAGAACCACCAAAACCAGAAUUUGUUUUGAAGCUGCCCGAGCAGGUAUAGAGCGGUCUGUAGAGGGUCCCACCCCCAGACCCUGUUCCAUUGAAGCAAUGGAUUGCUCCAGCUCGGGGAAAUGAUUUAACAACCUGCACAAUCCACCGAGAACAGCUCUUGCACAAGCUUCCAUGGAGAUGAAUGUGCAGGUGUGGGAUUCUUUGCUAUCCAACGUAUGCAGGAGACAUUCUGGUGGAUUGUUGCCAUAUUAAAGCAUGAGAAGGAGCCUGAUGCAAAUAAGCAGUUGUGAUACUUUCUGUAUUUGGGUUUCUGGUGUUAAGCACUAGGCAGAUUCAAAUAUUUGUGGCUGAAGUCAGGUGAUCUCAUGUUCAAUCCUUCCCGCUCUCACUUUGUGCUUGUUGGAGUAAGAGAGGGAAUGCGGUUUUAACAAAAUCUUUAAAAAUACAUAUUUAGGUCUCUAGCCCUUUUUUUAAAAAAAACAAUACCCCAAACAAUCCACAAGGCAGUUGUUAACAAGCAUAAUUGGUCAUCUUGUUUCUUGCAAUUCAGCAACUCUCCAUCAAUCACCCCCCUCGUGGUGCACGGAUGCCUACUAGCAAUCUGUAUUCGAAGUAAUAACCUGGUCCCAGAGCACCCACCUCAUGCUGUUGCUGAGCAAUGGUUUCUAAGGAGACUGCUGUCUGGGAAACAGAUUCACCCAACCCGUAUUGUAUUCAGGAGUCAUAGGCUUAUAUCCUAGUCCACCCCAGCUGCCUCUGUCCUAGAACAGGGGCGUUGCUGACGUUGGUUUUUCUCCAGUCUGUUUCAGGAUGCUGGUCCAGUAUUCUUUGCCGUGGUGCAGGUGCAUAUGAGGCAUAUAGGAGAGAUAAAAGAGGAAGCAACUUGUUUCUUUCACUUUUCUUCCACCACCCAGGUGGAUCGGAGUGGUAGGAAGGCCAUCUCCUGUAACCUUAACUCCCUAGCUGCUUUUCAUACCCAGCCUAGCUCCUCAAACCAUUGUAAAUUACGGGUAUCACUUAGGGGCAGAUAAACGGCUGGCAGGGUCCCAUCAGGAGAUGGCUUUCCUCCCGCAUUUCCACCUGUGCUACAAUUGAAUGAGGGGUGUGUGUGCGUUUGUGUUUUCCCCCUACCCGCGUCGACCAAUCCAGUUGCAAGAGCACUGAUGUAAGUAAAAUGCAGCCACAGGUGAUGUAAGCCUGGAGACUGAAACCUCCCUUACUGUGCUUCCUCUACCCCAACCUCACUCCCUACCCCCAGUUGUUUUCAACAAAACGUAGCCUUUUUCUAUCAAAUAACCUCAAACUUUAUUUUAUUUUAAAUUUUGGGAUUUUUGUUUUGUUUUGUUUUUGCUUUUAAAAUAAAGAGGUAGAUUUGAAGUCUAUUUGAAACUGACUUUAUAUUAUGCAUAAAUAUUUAUAUUUUAUCUAAACUUGUGCUGUAACAGCUUUUUUGGUGGUUUUUUUUUAAAGUAAUGUUUUUUUCCUGAUCUGUUGGGAUUUUUUUCUCAGCUAUGAGAAAGCUCUAGAGAGUUUGGAAGUGUUAAUUGUUGGGCUUUUGUUUUGUUAUGUUAUGGAAAUGUUAAAAUUUUUAGAUUCAAACCCUCACACCUUAAAAGAAUAAAUCCAGGUUUGUCCUAAUCUUGAUCUUCAUUAGGGGAGUCGGUGUAUAAAAUACCUUGUUGUUUUUUGAAAGUUACAUGCAUUUUUUCCCCAACUGGAUUUUGAGAAUUGCAACUAGAAUAAUUGGCCUUAUCAUCCAACUACUGGCUUUUUCUUCCCCCUUCAUCUUGAUUUGAUAUCAGAAAGGAACCAACCAACCCAACAUCCUGUGAGAUGCUCUGAACAGCAGGAAGAGGGGCAUCACACUUUUUCUAUGAAUAACCAAAUGUGUUUGUUUUAGUGAAUUUUUGAUAAUGUACAGUUUUUUGUGAAUUUAAAUUGAUUUCUUUCUAUAUUUUUAGGACCAACCUCAUUUUUAAUAAGGUUUAAAAGGAAGAAAAAAAAUCUAGAAUUCCUGUUUGUUUCCUUGUGAUGUUUCCACAAGUACAGAUGUUAGAGUGCUUGUCAAGUUUCAAAGAAUAAACAAAAAAACAACCCACGUUUGAUAGAGAAGAAUGUGCUUGAGAAUGUUGUCUUUUUCUCGGGGCGGGAGGGGACGGGCGUUGCUCUGCUACAAGCUGAACAUUAACCACUCUAGACAUGAACUUGUUCCCCCUCCUGCUCUUUGGCAACCUGCCUCAGUACCCUCUUAAAAUGUGGGCCAGGCUGUGUACAGUGGUACCUCGGUUUAUGAACACAAUUGGUUCCGGAAGUCUGUUCAUAAACUGAAGCGAACUUUCCCAUUGAAAGUAAUGGAAAGUGAAUUAAUCCGUUCCAGACGGUCCGCGGAGUAAGCGUUCAUAAACUGAAGCAAACUUUCCCAUUGAAAGUAAUGGAAAGUGGAUUAAUCCGUUCCAGACGGGUCCGCGGAGUACUUAAACUGAAGCGUUCAUAAACUGAAGCAUGGGUGUAAUUGGUUCCGGAAGUCUGUUCAUAAACUGAAGCAAACUUUCCCAUUGAAAGUAAUGGAAAAUGAAUUAAUCCGUUCCAGAUGGGUCCGCAGCGUUCAUAAACCGAAAAUUCAUAAACCGAGGUGUUCAUAAACCGAGGUUCCACUGUAUAUGCAAUGGGUGCCAGAAAGCUUGAAGAUGCAUCAUUUUUUUAAAACAACACACACGCUUAAUGUUGAAGUAGAAGCUGGGAAGGUGCAUCUGUAGUCUAUGAUUUCAUUGUGAUACUGCAGAAUUUAGGGAGGAUGGUGAGUGGCGGACCAGUCCCUUCCAAAUUGCAUGAUCCGUACAGGUGAGGUCAUUGAAUGUUUCAUGACAUUGGUAUCCCUGUUCUACAAGUUGGGUUUUUUUAUGUUUAUACAGGCCAGCUGUGUUUUGCGUGCCUGGGUAGCUCAGUUGGUUAGAGCACGAUGCUGACAAUGCCAAGGUUGCAGGUUCAAUCCCCAUAUGGGACAGCUGCAUAUUCCUGCAUGGACUAGAUGAUUAUCAGGGUCUCUUCCAACUCUAGAAUUCUGUGACCUGUGAUUUCUAAAGAGGACGCCAUCUCCACCUUGAGUGUACGUAUAGCUUAAAUUAGAGCUGUGUGGAUCCUACAUGGUGGAGGAAGGCCCAGUCUCUACAACUGGAAUCCAGCCCAGACUUACCUACUUUUAAUUUAAUUUGGCAUUUGAGGUGGAAAACCCCAAAAGGCCAGCCAGGCCUCUCCAGCCGUGGUGGAGAGAAACAUUUCCAUCAUGAUAGCAGGCAACAUUUCAUGGAGGCUUUUGAAAUUUGAUGCUUUAGGGCAGUGGCAUUUUGAUGAGGCUUGGAUGCAGUGAACUAUCCCAGCAACAUCUUGCAGAGUAGUUUUCAGAAAUCUUAAAUUCUGUGGGUUUGAAUGGCACCCAAAGUCCCAUAGCCUGAGCCUCUCUUUACCUCCAUGGUAAGGCAGUUGAUACUCCACUAGUGUGUAUAGAAAAUGGUAAAAUGAACAUACAGAAAAAGUUCAGUAACCCCCACAGUAUGGAAAGUAAAUUGCAAUUUUGUUUGUAGCUUGCAGAAAGAUCGGUUAUUCAUUAGUGCCAAGUAGAAGUUGUGUAAGAGACCAACUGCAAGGGAGAUCUUGCAAUGUAAGACCUGGUAUGCACCUCCCACUUUAAAAUAACACCUGACCGCCCCCCCCCCUUUUGCAAUCUUAAGAAGCUGAGAUGAAUACCUUUUAACAGUUGGCUGGGCUACAGAAUACAGUGGUACCUCUACUUACGAAUGUUUCUACUUACAAAUGGAGCUCCGUCCGCCAUCUUGGAUGCGGUUUAGAUAGGAUGUUUUCUACUUACGAAUUUUUAGAUAGGGUUGCUUCGACUUACGAAUUUUUUCUCCCAAUGCAUUCCUAUGGGAUUCGACUUACAAAUUUUUUUGACUUACGAAUAUGCGUUCGGAACGCAUUAAAUUCGUACGUAGAGGUACCACUGUAAUUGGUAUGAGCUUUUGUGUGCAUGCACACUUCUUCAGAUAAGUGUGCAUGCACACGAAAGUUCAUACCAGUGACAAACUUAUUCGGUCUCUAAGGUGCUACUGGAAGGAAUUUUUCUAUUCCAUAAUAAUACGGUAGUUAUUAUAAUCAAAAUAUUAUUUAUACCCCACCCAUCUAACUGGGUUGCCAUCUUGGAUGCGGUUUAGAUAGGAUUUUUUCUACUUACGAAUUUUUAGAUAGGGUUGCUUCGACUUACGAAUUUUUUCUCCCAAUGCAUUCCUAUGGGAUUCGACUUACAAUUUUUUUUCUACUUAUAAAUGUGCGUUCGGAAGACAUUUAAUUCGUAAGUAGAGGUACCACUGUAUUGUGUUGGAUGCAGACAUCAGCUUCUAGGUAAACCAAAACUUCUCACACAACCAUUUCUUAGAUUGUGGAUUAGUCCUCAAUUCCAAGUUAGGGGGAAACAGCCUUCGCAGCAUGCAUACAUUUCAAGGGGUGGGGCAGCCUUUUUACUGCUCUUUAACAUGAACCUCUUGUGCAUAAUAGAAUUCAAUUAUGUUGCAACUCUUGACUUUCCAAUGCUCAACCAUUUCAGGGAAUCUUGCUAUCUACAUUGCCAAGGUGUUCUAGAGCAGAUUGCCAGUUUACAGGAGACCUGGCCCUCCGAUAUGCCCCAUACAUUUCAGAGUAUAUCUAGAAUACAUCUGAUGACUGCAAAUAGCCGCCCCCAGGGAAAAGUGAUUGAAUUUAUUAGGUACUCUUCAUUGGUAGCAAUCCCGCUACUAGUGAAAGGAUCAGUAGAGCUGGUGAAGUUAUCUGCCAGCAACACUGGCCCAUCAUCCUUAACCUUGUCCCCAAGAAAUUUCCACAGAACCUCGAGAGUUUCCUGGAACAUAGUUUGAAAAUCAUAAUACAGUAAUGACAUAUUUUGUCUUAAAUUGCUUUAAUAGGGAGAGAAUGACCAGCAUCUCCUUUAAAAUGCUUAAUGAUGAUGAGCUAAAAGUAACUAUCUUUCCAAGAAGCAGUCAAGCCACGUUUUUUUGUCACCUUUUAUUUAAAAACAAAAAUUUGUUCAAAAUGAGACCAGUCAGAGCUCCACAGAGGGAAAGGUGUACAGGGGUUGAGAGAGAGAAACAGGCCUGGCUGUAGCAUGGAAGAUACAAAACUAUAGAAACUUCUCAAUUAAAAAAAACUUGUACAAAUAGUCCUAAGUAUAUAAAUAAAACUAGCCGGUAAAAUGAACUGAGACUGUGGUUGCGGGCGGGCCAAGAACUCUCACUGUGUCUGUGGCAAAUGGAAGCACAGAAGAGUUGCCUUUUGAGAGUUCCUGGGAGCUUUGAAAUGACUUCGAGUCAGAAACAGGGCAGAGGCAUCGCUCAGAGUGCCAAAUGCAUGUUUACAGGAGACUCAUUUACAUCCAUGGCAAGCAUGUGGUGGUGGUGUUUUUUAAAGCGACAAUUUAGCUGUUAUGUUCCAAUGUUAUGAUGACGGACUUGGGUGUUAAAAAACACACUAGCCUGUAGCCUGCUGUAGACAUGAACCAGCAUGAGAUGGGUAUUUCUUAAGAGUAGGUGCCUAUUGCUAUCUUCUUUAAAGGCCAUUUGCUACAGGGCAAGGCAUUAGUGCAACCAUCUGAACCACCAAGGGCGUAUUGCUCCAGAGGAAAGUGCCGACAAGCUAUAAAUUUUGUCCCAAGGUAUGGGGUGGAUUGGGCCUUGCGUUAGCUCAAAGCAGAGCUUGAAUCCCCACCAGAGCUUCCUCCUAGAGAUGGGAAGGCAAAGCUGAAGAACAUCAAGUGCUCUGCAAUCAAGAAAACCCUUUCUUUAAAAAAUAAAAUGUUAUCCUGGUGCGAUCCUAGCGAGUAAAGUAUUUCGAGGAAACACUUGUUACUGACCCUCUCCUUUUUUUUGCCACUCAGAAUGUUAGUAGCAUAAACUGUAUUAGCUCCCGGACAGACAAAAAGUGAGAUUUCUGGAAGACAAAACAUUGACUUUUCUCCUUUUGCCCAACUCAGAAACAAUCACCAACAGCUCUAGGGGUACUGCCUCUGACAGAGGAAAUACAUGGCAAAAACGGAAGCAGGAGCCCACAGCACAACCUUGUGCCCUGCUGGAAUAGAAUUGGUUUGGAAUACUAUCUGCUUUAUUAGCGAGCCUGUUUGGUAUUGCCUCCACCCCACUGCCUACUUUGAUGGUGCUGGGUACGUGUGUGUUUUGAGCUGAGGUAUUGGUAUUUGUCAAGAGCAUCACUUCCUUCUGGAUAGAACAGGCUCCCCAAAGAGCCAACAGCUGCUGUUUGACAGCCAUUAGCUCGGAAGUGUCUUGGCUGUGCAAUCACUUUUGGGCAGCUUAGAGCAGCCAUCCUGUAUCAUAGACAAAUACAUCCAGCUCCCUAUCCUCUACAAUGAGCCAGUUCUAGAAAUUCUAGCAGCACAGCAAUACCAAAAGUACUCUAAAAGUACUCUACCAAAAGUACCCACCAAAUUUCGUUGACCUCUGCUCAUUUUGAUUCUGGCCCAAGGCAAAAAGUUCAUUCCCUCAAGUAUCUUUUGCUAACGGGAUCGUUGCUAGUUCAGUUUGGCGGUUUGCAGUCACCUCGACACCCCGAGAUUUAACAUUCAGAAAUAUGUGUCGAUGGUUAAGGUGGAGCUGCAUAACCUGGGGGUCAGUGAUUUCCUUUCUCUUACGGAAACCAAAUUCCUGCAAACUCAGUAUUUAGCUAGAGCCAGAGUAUGGAGUCUGAGAGCCUGUUCACGGCAGGCUGGUUUAAAGGCAAGAUCCCUUGUGCUGUACCUUUUGACCGUUCAACUGUUCCCAGGGGGUCCAAAUAAAUCCACUGUUUUGCUUCAGCGAGCUCUCUUAAAAAUAAAAAAGGCUGUUUUGAAAACCAACAAUGGUUUAUACCAUUCCUGGACUUCACUUCUAGGUGGAAACUGUGCAGCUAUUCAUCACUUGUAUUCACUUACGAAUUCUUGGCGUGCUUGGGGGUCUCACAUUGAGGUCACAAAACUGUGCCCUACCUGUGGAUCAAAGAUUUCUGCUCAAGUUCAAAGAAACGAACUAACGCAGCGUCAACACACUUUACAAAGGAAAUUUUUAAAAAGCAAAAUGUGGUACAUCUUAACAAAACUCUCCAGUAAUUAGCAGCAACACGGGGGUUAUUAAUCUUUUUUCUUUU